CUCAUUAUUUCUUUGAUGGCGGCUCUUUGAUGAUCUUCACAUCUGAUACAUUGUAACUAACGCGCGUCCGUCGCGUUCAAACCGCAUACCACCGCCGCCGCCGCGAGCGAUGGCGCGCAUCACAGUCGCGUCGUGUGUCGUUGUUUAAAUGCAGUUUCUGCCCUUGAGAAAACUUUUCCCGUCGAUUUUCAUCGCUUCAACCUGUUGAUCCUCACUGCUCGACGGGGAAAGCGGAUUUUAUUCCCGGGAAGAACAGAGGCCUGUGUGGACGAUAAACACAGAGAUCCGCGCGAGCUGAACGGUGCAGCGAGGACCAGGUUAUGAAGCAAGGCAACAGAGAGAGAACAGAAAUAGAAGAUGAUUGAAACAAUGGAUACCCAGCGUUGUCUGCAGGCAUUGGAGAGGUUACAAUCUCGUCUGAAAGAAAAGGGGCCAGAUGUUCCUGCAGAGGAGAAACUAAAUCUUCUGAAAACGGUCCUGCAGAGUCCUCUAUUUCACCGAAUCCUCACGCUACAGAAAUCAGUACAGCAUCUGAGAGAGACUCCUUGUAUUAAGUCUGAUCUGAAGGGCGGUCAUGAUGGUUUAUCUGCUCAGGUCAAUGGCCAGGCUCCAUCUGAAGACUUUGAGCAAAUCAUUCGGUCAAUGGCUCAGGGCCGGUACGUGACUAACAUUGAACUUGUGAAGCCAGUAUCCGGUGGUUUGGGAUUCAGUGUCAUUGGAUUGUGUAGCGAAAACCGCGGAGAACUCGGCAUCUUUAUUCAGGAGAUUCAGGCCGGGAGCGUAGCAUACAGUGAUGGUAAACUGAAGGAAGGAGAUCAGAUCCUGGCGAUUAACGGUCAGCCGUUAGAUCAGAACGUCAGUCAUCAGCAGGCCAUUGUGAUUCUGCAGCAAGCAUCGGAUCAUGUGAGGAUUACAGUCGCCCGUGGACCUGUACCACAACUCUCAAGUCCAGUGGUGUCCAGAACUCCCAGUGCAGCUAGCACACUUUCAGCACACUCCAGUGCGACUCACUGGACUCACGUGGAGACGAUCGAGCUGGUGAAUGAUGGAACUGGUUUGGGUUUUGGGAUUGUUGGUGGUAAAACUACUGGAGUUAUUGUCAAAACCAUCUUACCGGGAGGCAUUGCUGACCAGGACGGUCGUUUACGUAGUGGUGAUCACAUCCUGAGGAUCGGUGAUACGGAUCUGUACGGUCUAAGCAGUGAGCAGGUCGCUUAUGUCCUGAAGCAGUGUGGAAACAGAGUCAGAUUGGUCAUAAGUCGAGCGACGGUGGAUGAUGCUCAGCCUGUACCGGUCCCCUUACCGACCGUCACUGAACAACAGGGACUCGAGGAUGAGUCGGAUGCUUUUGACGUGAGUCUGACUAAAAAUGCUCAGGGUUUGGGCAUCACGAUCGCCGGGUAUGUAGGAGACAAAACCUCAGAACCAUCUGGAAUAUUUGUGAAGAGCAUUUCCAGAGACAGCACUGUGGAGCAGGAUGGACGUAUUCAUGUCGGAGAUCAGAUCAUAGCUGUGGAUGGUUUGAAUAUUCAGGGCUACAGCAACCAGCAGGCCGUUGAAGUUUUGAGACACACUGGGCAGACGGUUAACCUGAAACUGGUCCGACGGGGUUUUGAUCCAGAAGACGCAUGCCCACCAAUCACAGAAGACGGACAAGUCCCGAGCACACCGAAAAUCUUGAGUAUGGAAUGCACGGAAACGUCGACACAUGAUGAGAAAUCUUGUCCCACUUCAGCUGAGAACUCCAAUCCCGCACCUGUCACUAUCCCGCCAAUCAGAUCUCCAGAAAGACCAGACGGUCCUGUAGGAAUGAAGCUGAGCUCUGAGGAUGAACACAAACUGAUACAGAAGUGGCAGACAGAGCGAGGCAUCUUCGGUGAGAUCACUGUGGCUCAGGUACAGAAGUUCAGUGAGAACAGUGGUUUAGGCAUCAGUCUGGACGCCUGUGCCGGACGUCACUACCUGUGCUCUGUGCUUCCAGAGGGACCUGUCGGACGAUCCGGAAAAAUCUGCAGUGGAGACGAACUUCUGGAGGUGAAUGGCAUUCCUCUCAGAGGAGAGACUCAUAAAGACGUCGUCGACAUUCUGAAGGAGCUUCCUAUUUGUGUGACCAUGGUUUGCUGUAGACCCGCCCCUCCAGUGAUUGACAACCAAAACAACCAACCACAACCGGAGGAUAUGAAUACAAACUCCACAGUUCAGGUCCACGGUGAUUUUGAAAACUUUUUGGUUCCUGAGGAGAACGUGAGGGAACUUGAAGAGUCCACAGGAUCACCGCUGGCCAUGUGGGAAACAGAGAUACAGGACAUUCAGCUGGAGAAAGGAGAAAGCGGCUUGGGCUUUAGCAUCCUCGACUACCAGGACCCCAUGGACCCAACUAAAACAGUAAUUGUGAUCCGGUCAUUGGUUCCUGAUGGUGUAGCAGAGCAAGAUGGACGCCUCUUGCCAGGUGAUCGUCUCAUGUAUGUUAACAACAUCCACCUGGAGAACGCCAGUCUGGACGAGGCGGUGCAGGCUCUGAAGGGUGCAAACAUGGGUGCUGUUCACAUUGGGGUGGCCAAACCGCUGCCUAUGGACUCCAGCGAAUUGUCUGAUGAUAAAGCAUUCGAGCAUCGUUUUGUGGAGGAGGACGAUGACACACCGCAGGCGUCAAUGAUCGCUCAGCACGGCAGUAUCUGCAGCCCUGACGUCACCUAUCAGAUGAGCGGACAGUCCUCAACACCUAAGAAGAGCCUACAUCAUGAGUCUUUCACGGAUUAUCCCUUCACAUCCGGACUGAUGGAUAACACGGAGCCUUUUACUCCGGAGAGGAGUGCUGCGGCCUGGGUGCAUGAGGGAGGGCCUUUAAGGCUUGGACCCGCCUACUCUGAUUUGUUAUGCGAACGUGGCCUGGAAGGGGCGGAGCCAUUGGCAUCAGAGGCAGAGUUAUGCGACAUUAUCCCCACCCUUGAAGACACAAACAGGGGGGUUGUGCAGUCAUUUGGCAUGGACACAGUAAUGGAGGAAGAGGGUGUGGUUAAGAGUGGUUUCCAUGGAGACCAAGACUUCCAUAAGGAUGAAGAUUUUCUUUUAGAUGAACCUGUAGAUGAGCAAGUUAAAGCCAUCAUGGCUGGGAAUUUCGAGAGGACCAUCACCGUCAUCAAGGGAACCUCCAGUCUAGGUAUGACUGUGUGCGCAUUAAAGGACGGAGCAGGUAUGUUGAUUCGCAGCAUCAUUCACGGUGGCUCUAUCAGUCGGGACGGACGGCUCGGGGUCGGUGACCUUAUCCUGGCCAUUAAUGGAGAACCAAUGGGAACUCUGACCAAUGCCCAGGCUCGAGCUAUGCUGCGUAAACACUCUCUGAUUGGACCAGACAUGAGCUCAACAGGUGCAUUAAAUGAAGAUCACAGCUCCGUCUCUGUAGUCACGUAUGUACCAGCAGAAUAUAUUGAAGAAUACAGAGCGUGCCAGCAGAAUGACAUUCAGUCUGAAGACAACAGCAAUACUGGACAUCCAAGAGUCUCAGAGCUUCCAGAGAGGGAAGAUGGAGAGGGAGAAGAGAGUGAACUACAAACAGCAACAUCCAACCACUGGCAUCUACCGAGGAGAGUGGAGCUGUACAGAGAGACGGGUAAAUCUCUGGGCAUCAGUAUUGUCGGUGGCAGAGGUAUGGGCAGUCGCCUUAGCAACGGGGAAGUGAUGCGGGGCAUUUUUAUAAAACACAUCCUAGAGGACAGUCCUGCAGGACACGGCAGCUCACUGAAGACAGGAGACAGGAUUAUAGAGGUGGAUGGAGUGGAUCUGCGUGAUGCCAGUCAUGAGCAGGCGGUGGAGGCCAUCCGUAAUGCUGGAAAUCCUGUAGUGUUUCUGGUCCAGAGCAUUAUAAACAAACCCAAAACAUCUGUGAUGGAUGCAGUGGAGAGCAGAUCAGAGUCCAGCAGUGAGGAGCUGAAUCGUGAGACUGGAAACAUCUCUCUGGCGACAUCCGUCCUCGUUCCACACAUCGGUGAGACGGACACAGACGCUCUGAUGGAGAUUCCUGACUGUCUCACCCCUGAUUCUGAUGAAGAGGAAGAAGAGGAGGAUGAGUACGGCUACAGCUGGAAGAAGGUAAGAGAGCGCUAUGGUGGUUUGCCGGGUGAUCUGCACUUGAUCGAGCUGGAGAAGGGUCGUACGGGUCUGGGUUUGAGUCUGGCUGGGAACAGAGACCGCUCUCGUAUGAGUGUGUUUGUGGUGGGCAUCGAUCAAAGCGGCGCCGCUGGUCAGGAUGGACGAAUUAUUGUGGGAGAUGAACUUCUGGAGAUCAACGGUCAGGUACUGUACGGCCGCAGUCAUCAAAACGCCUCAGACAUCAUUAAGAGAACCCCAUCGAAGGUCAAAAUCAUCUUCAUAAGGAACAGAGAUGCUUUGAGUCAAAUGGCUGUUGGGCCGAUGAAUGAGUUUACAGACACACUGGAUAUAAACACAGAGGAGGAUGGAGAGGUGGGUGUGAUCCUGAAGGAGGAUAACAACAGAAAUGGAUGGAUGAAUCAGAAUGUGGAAGAUAAUGGACCAGUAGCAAGGCCCUCCUCAGCCAAUCAGAUGUGCUCAGGAUCAGACUCGGGAAUCAGCCCUCAAACCUGUCCAUCUUUGACAUCUUUAACAUCCGAGACUGAGCCUUUUAGAAGUUCAAGCAGAUGUUCAACACCGGCCACCUUAGCUUCUGAUCCAGUGACGUGUCCCAUAAUCCCCGGCUGUGAGACAACUAUAGAGAUCUGUAAAGGCAGGACAGGACUCGGGCUCAGCAUUGUGGGCGGCUGUGAUACUUUAUUGGGAACAAUAAUAAUUCAUGAGGUGUAUGAGGAGGGCGCUGCAUCUAAAGAUGGUCGGCUCUGGGCAGGAGAUCAGAUACUGGAGGUAAAUGGCAUAGACUUGCGCUUGGCGACCCACGACGAGGCGAUCAAUGUUUUACGACAGACACCACAGCAGGUUCGGCUGAUCAUCUUCAGGGAUGAAGGCCAGUAUAAGGAAGAGGAAAUGUGGGACACUUUGACUGUUGAGUUUCAGAAGAAACCGGGCCAAGGUCUCGGGCUCAGCAUCGUCGGGAGACGGAAUGACACCGGAGUCUUUGUAUCAGACAUUGUGAAGGGUGGAGUCGUGGAGAGUGAUGGGCGUCUGAUGCAGGGAGAUCAGAUUCUCUCUGUUAACAGUGAAGAUGUCCGCUGUGCCACACAAGAAUAUGUUGCUGCUAUUCUCAAGAAUUGUUCUGGUCCAAUAAGAAUGGAGGUGGGCCGUUUUAAGGCGGGGCCGAUUCACUCCGAGCGUCGUCUGUCUCAGAGCAGUCAGGUCAGUGAGACGGGCAGCUGUAAAGUUCCUUCAUAUUCCAGCUGUGUGACGUCACAGGAAGAAUCUCAUGAACUGGUGGACCAAGAUAUCAGGAUGGUUGAAUUCACAAAGGGUCCGACUGAUUCUCUGGGCAUCAGUAUAGCUGGAGGGGUGGGCAGUCCUUUGGGAAACGUGCCCAUCUUCAUCGCAUUGAUGAAUCCCAGCGGUCUGGCAGCACAGACGAACAAACUUCAGGUUGGAGACAGGAUUGUGUGUAUUUGUGGCCACAGUGCAGAAGGAAUGACUCACAAUCAAGCCGUUUCACUGCUGAAGAACACAACAGGCCUCAUACAGCUACAGGUCGUUUCCGGUGAUCCGACAGUGACCGGACCGUCAUCAGAACAGACGGCAGGACUCACAGCCAGCAGUAUUUUUCAUGAUGACCUCGGUCCUCCACAGUGUAAGAAUAUCAGUUUAGAGAGAGGACCUGAUGGGUUGGGCUUCAGUAUUGUCGGUGGUUACGGUAGCCCGCACGGUGACCUGCCAAUCUAUGUGAAAACUGUUUUCAGCAAGGGUGCAGCGUCAGAGGACGGGCGACUCAAACGUGGAGAUCAGAUCGUUGCUGUUAAUGGUCAAAGUUUAGAAGGCGUCACUCAUGAGGAGGCUGUCGGCAUUCUGAAGAAAACCAAAGGAAACGUCACGCUCACUGUUCUCUCAUAAACACAACACUGUUAUCACUUUUAAACACUGGAUUACACACAAAUGUUUCUCAUACGUACUGAAGUCUUGCUAUAACAAAACAAAACUACACCAGACAGCAGAUGACUCUGGGCCGGAUCCCCACCGACGCUGCCGGCUUUGGUGCGGAUCUGGCCCACAGUGGUCUGUUGUAUGGCACACCAAGGGCCUUAUUUAUAAAGUGUGCGUAUGGACAGAUUUGGUCGUAGAAUGUUCGUAGGCAAAAAUCCACGGCAAUGUUCACAUUUAUAAAAACGGUUUUUGACGUGGAAAAGUGCUUAGUGCCACAUCAGGUUCUGAGCAGACGUACUCAAGAUUGCUGCCGGUGUUUGGAAAUAUAAGUCAUUCUUGCUGCUCGUAAACACUGACAGACGCUCUUUUAAAUGUCCAUGACAAUUGAGCAUCGUUUAAAGGCGGAGAUCUGAAACUGCUCAGCUGCGCACAAGUUCAAAAUCAUUUGCGAUGUAUAGAUUUUACAUCUUAAAGAAAGGGGAAAAUGCUUUUACUGUGAAUACGUUUGUUCUAUGUAUCACACGUACACAUUUAUGAGAAAUGAUCGUGAGCUCAAAUUAAGGAUGGUUUCUAUGCAGCAUUUUAUAGAUAAGGCCCCAGGUUCCUGGCAAAUGUGUUUAUUAAACACUUUUUAUAGUAAUGUGUAAGCAAGAACUAUAAAAUAAAUUGGCAAGAUGGUAUAUGAAUGUAAAAAAAAUACUUCUACUUCACAAUGUAUAUACUUUGGAUUUAUUUACUCAAGUUUUAGUCAUGUUUGUCAGUGAUGGCAGACAAAAUUGAUUCAUUUCUUGUCACGAUAUUCAAACCACACAAAUGAAAGCUACAGAAGAUGGAAAGACUUUUAAUGCGUCUGGAUUUAAACAACAUUUUCCUCACGAUAACUUGUAACAGAGUAACGUGCACAAGACUAGUGUUAGUUAGCUUUAUUUUUAAGGCUUUUAAAAGUCUUUCACAUUUGAUGAAAGUCAUACAGAUUUGGAAUGAAAAUAGGACAGAAUUGUACGUUUUGGGUGAACUAUUCAGUUUGUUAGUAUUUUAAUAAUGAAAACUGUAUCUUUCCUGAUAUUAAACUCAGCAUAAAAUGUAUGCAAUUUAUGAAGACAAAGCGGAAUUAUGAAGGUGAAAAUUGUAGGAUGAAUAAUGUGCUGAUGUACAGUAUGAAGUGUUUUUCUUGAGGGGCAUUUUAAUGAAUUUUAUGAAGUUUUGCCUUUGUGUAAUAUAUAAACACUUAGUAUUCAUGCUGAUUUUUCUUUGCACAAUUGUUUUUCUGACACAGUAUUGGGUUUUACUACGUAUUAAAGAAUGGAAGUGAACUUCAAAACUUAA